AUGCCAUCUGAAAUGAGUAAGUUAGUGGACUGUAACAGCCCCAGAGUUUUCCUCACUAUGUUUGUUGUGAACGUCAACGUACUAAUUGUAUUCCUAAACAUGACAAUUUAGCGGUACAAUUUAUUGGCAAAGGGCGGCUCCUUGACAUACACGGACAUGAAGAAAUCAGAUACGAUAUUAAUCUUAUCGGAGUUAUCAGUUAACACAUAUCCCCAACUAUCCCUUAGACAAGGAAUAAAGUCUCAAUUUCAUUUUGCCCUAAUAACAUGUGCUAUGAUCUUUCAGGCUUUCUUGGUGUCCAUUUAUGUAUUUCUAACAAAUAUGCCGUUCAUUCUAUACUCCGGAGAUUCCGGCGUAUAUUUCACUGUUAUCUAUAUUCAGAGAAAUGAUAUGGCUGUUUAAAUUUGGCAUAUAUCCUGCAUGGCGUUUAUUUAUUCUCGAGGGUUUUUGUUAUUGCUGAAGUCACUCACUCGGGUCGGCAGACGUACGACCUCAUUUUCAUAAACAAAUACCAAUAAAUAUAUAAAAUGUGUUAAUGUGUGCCCAUGGGGUUACUUUCAUAGCAAGUAAGCAUAAACUUUCACGUGAAUUUUUGAACAAGUAGACCGACUGUGCACAGCAUUUAGUUCAUGCUUAUAGAAUAGGUAGUCAGAUAUUGAAAAACGGUAAUCGAGCGGCGAAAAAAACUCCUUCCUUUGGUAAAAGCAAAAUAUAUGUGAUUUGAUUAGCUUUCAGGGAGAAAAAAAUCGUCGCUCAUGGAAGGGUAAAUACGGGGUUUGGACAGGACUGGUCUGCAUAUGAUAAUGUAUAGAGGACUCGAAACAGAUAUCAAGACAGCAUUCCUGAACAGAAUGAGGCUGUCAGCAUUAAAGUAGCAAGAUGAGAUGAUGCCAGAUACGAUCGGUCGCAGUCCGCCUAGAGUCCAGCCGAGGAGAGGACAGUUAAGAUGAAAGCGGGGAGAUGCAACCAUUACACUUCCUUGCCGACCGAGCAAACCACUAACAAAUGAUGAAAACAGAGGAUUCCGCGCGUGAUCAAUACCCGACCGUUUGGGAUCCAAAUCAGGAGAUGACAUCAAAAACCGCGAAAAUCACGGCUGUAAGGGGAGAGUAAUAACAGUAGAUUUAGCAGCCAAUUAAAUACAGGGGCUUGUAAAAGUAUAAGUGAGAGUUCCACCUGAAGAAGGAAGGCAUUAACUAUCCACCAUUAAAUCAGCUGAGGGCCCUUCUCAAAGUCAAGAAGUCGAGUGCUCCAGAAUGAAAUCGUCAAUAGCGCCUUUAUGCUUUCCGGUGUAAGGUGCUUGCGUAAAUCCGAUUUGAAUACCGAUAACUUAGGCGAUGAAACCAACUUUUAAGAAAAUCUUUGUCGAUUGGACGAGUGGUCCCGCAGAUGGCUCUUGUCCUUCAAUUUGAACAAAUGUACUAUAAUGCGCCUAGGAAAUCAGACCCCUAGUAUGCGGCAAUAUCAUCUGAACGGAAUGUCACUUCGAGAAGCAGAAACGCAGAAAGAUCUCGGAGUCUUAGUUGCAGACAGCCUACAGCCUUCUACACAAUAUUGGAAGGCAGCCAAGGCCGCAACUUCAAUGCUAUGUGCCAUCAACGGCAUUUGCAGUUUUCGCUGAAGACUCCUUCUCCAAAGUCUUCGACACGUUUGUAAGGCCGCAUUUUGAAUAUGCGAUUCAGGCCUGGAGACCGUGGAUGCAGCAGGACUACAAUCUGCUCGAAAGGGUGCAGAGACUAGCAACAAAAUUAAUAAGAGGUCAAAGUGCACUGCUAUAUGAGAUCGGCCUAACUAACCUUAAUCUCUAUCCUCUGAGUUAUCGACAACUGUGCGGAGACUUGAUACAAACUUUCCGUAUCGUGCGUGGCUUGGACUGCACCCUUCGGUGCGACAAUAGACUACUAAGCGAGUUAGAAAAGAAAAAGGUAUGUUGAUAGUUAACUUCGGAAGGAGAGGGAGAAGAAGAAGAAGAAGAAGAAGAAGAAGAAGAAGAAGAAGAAGAAGAAGGAGAAGAAGAAGAAGAAGAAGAAGAAGAAGAAGAAGGAGGAGGAGGAGGAGGAGGAGGAGGCGGAGGAGGAGGAGGAGGGGGGAACCUAA